GUAUAUGUGGGCUAAAUUGAUGUCAAGUAGAAGAACAACGAGUUAACGACCCGAGUCCCAAACCUAUAGAUCCAGUGAUUCACACCUCUAACGGAUCUAACCCAUAUAAAAAAUGAAUACUAUGCCCAUAUCCAUCUAUAUUCUAUGGUACUAUCCCUUAACCCACUUGUGAAUUGUGAUACAUGAACCAAAACAAAAACAAAAACAAAAAUAAAUCACAUCAAUUACUUUUUUAUCUCUCUUUCUUCAAUCUCCUUCAGGUCCAAGGUUGCGUGUAUUCUCUGGUCUAGUUGUACCAGAGGAAGAUUGCAGCUUUGGUGGCUAAGUAUCCGAUCAAUAAUAAUAUAGAUUCUUGGUGGUAAAUUUUGCUUUUUUUUUUUCUUCAAAGGGUCUUGCAUGUGGUGGGAAGUAUGGAGUCUUUGUGGAAGCUUUUGCAUUUGUUAGAGCCUGCUCCAGUUACUCUCAUUAUAACAGCAGUUGCCGUGACUUUUGGAUCUGCUUUUCGAGCUUUGAAUUAUGGAAAGGAAAUGGAGCGUAAUCAUAAUUUUUCCGAAGCAUCGAUUACCUUGGAUAGAUCUCAAGCUCUUAUGAUUCCUAUAAUGAGCUCUUUUAGCUUGAUCAUGAUGUUUUACUUGUUUUCUUCAGUGUCACAACUCUUGACGGCUUUCACAGCGGUUGCCGCUGCUUCGUCCCUUUUCUUUUGCCUAUCCCCAUAUGCCAGUCGUGUGAAGUCACAACUAGGGUUGGCUGACCCAUUUGUUUCGAGAUGCUGUUCUAAGUCCAUUACUAGAAUUCAAGGGCUCCUCUUGGUUGUUUGCAUUUGUGUAGUGGCCGCUUGGCUUGUUUCGGGACAUUGGAUAUUGAAUAACUUGCUAGGGAUCUCCAUAUGUGUUGCGUUUGUAAGCCAUGUAAGGCUUCCGAACAUAAAAGUAUGCGCGAUGCUUCUUGUUUGUUUGUUUAUGUACGACAUCUUUUGGGUUUUCUACUCAGAGAGAUUCUUUGGUGCGAACGUAAUGGUUUCCGUAGCGACUCAACAGGCAUCGAAUCCUGUUCAUACAGUAGCUGAUAGUUUGAGUCUUCCUGGGCUGCAAUUGAUUACUAAGAAAUUGGAGCUGCCAGUGAAGAUCGUCUUUCCUAGGAAUCUGUUAGGUGGAGUCAUUCCAGGAGAACAUGCAGCCGAUUUCAUGAUGCUUGGACUAGGAGACAUGGCUAUCCCCGCUAUGCUUUUGGCGUUAGUUCUCUGCUUCGAUCACAGAAAGAACAGAGAAGCGGUCAGUACAUUAGAUUUUGCAUCCUCCAGAGGACACAAAUACAUAUGGUAUGCCAUUUCUGGAUAUGCUAUUGGGCUUGUUACAGCUUUAGCAGCCGGAACAUUGACUCACUCACCACAACCAGCUCUUUUGUACCUGGUACCUUCAACAUUAGGCCCCAUAAUCGUAAUCUCAUGGUUGAGGAACGAGCUGAUGGAGCUAUGGGAAGGUUCAUUGCCAAAUUUGAGCGAAAAGGUCCAUUCGGUUGAAGUAUGAUUACUCGAAUCCAAUGAAAUUGUAUUUGCUUAGAACAAAGGCCUGAAAUAUGUAAAGAUACUUAAGGGGAGCAACGCUUCUUGUUUAUUCUUAGGAAAAAUACCUCUUGUAGUGAUAAUGAAUGUUUAUUUCUAAUCAAUGAAAUUGUUGAAUGUAUUCUUCCUUAAUUAGAAACUUUAUGUACAAGUACAACUAUUAUCACUGUAGAAGUUCUUUCAAUGAUAUGGCGUUACUCGA